AUGCCUCAUCCCGCGGAACGCGAAGAACUGAAACUGACAUGCCUGACAGACCAAAACGACGUUAACAAUUACAGUAAUUACGAAGUGCGAAUUUACACUGACGGUAGUAAGAUCGGGGGCGGAGUCGGAGCCUCACUGUCUAUAUGGCGGGGUGAAACCGAGAUAAAAGCCCGACAACUGACUUUACCUAAGUUCUGCACUGUCUACCAGGCGGAACUUCUGGCUAUUUGCGUGGCCACAAGAGAAGUUAAGAACAACAAAGCAAACACGUUUGGAGUCUACAGCGACUCCAUGGCAGCCCUCCAAACCAUCCAGAACUAUAGUUGCCUCCACCCCUUAGCAGUCGAAGCGAGAGAUAAUAUAAGAGCAAUAUCCCACCAAGGCAAAACUAUCGCUUUGCAUUGGAUAAAAGCACAUGCGGGGUUGGAAGGUAAUGAAAGGGCGGAUGAACUCGCCAAGAGAGCAGCUGCAGACUCCAAACGUAAGCGUGAUUAUGACCAGUGCCCGGUUUCAUUCGUCAAGCGAAACAUUCGUAUGGCGACGCUUGACGAAUGGAAUCGGAGAUACACGACAGGCGAGACAGCCUCAACAACAAAGUUGUUCUUCCCGGAUGCGGUGGCGGCGUACAGGACGGUGCGCAAAAUCGAAUUCACGAAUCCAAUGACACAGCUAAUGACAGGGCAUGGUGGAUUCUCCGAGUAUUUACACAGAUUUAAGUGCAAGGAGAACCCAUCAUGCAUAUGUGAACCCGGCAAACCGGAGAGCAUUCCGCAUUUAAUAGCGGAGUGCCCUCAGUUUAGCACACAAAGGCACGAUAUAGAAAAUAAGAUUGAGGAAGGGAUUGAGAUAGAAAAUAUCAGUAAAAUAAUGCAAAACAAGAAUAUUAGAGAUACGUUCUUAGAAUAUUGUGGAAAAAUUGUAAGAAUAGUAAUAAUUAGAAAUAAGUAG